CCUCUCCCUCCCCGCUUUUCUGUGAUUGCCCCGCCGGGUACCCGGCCCAACUGUCAGUCAAUUAGCCCGGCUGCGAGACUGGGGAGGCGGUGGCGGAGCUGCGCGUCGUCUCCGCUGCAGGCAGAUUGCGCGACUUGCCUGAGCAGCGCGGACCGCACAGCGGAGCAGCCAGCGGAAUAAGCAGACAGACGGACCCACCCACCGCUCCGGCGAGUGAAUGGACAGCCUCCUCCCCCACUUCGCCCCCUUCGAGAACAGGAAAGAGAGCCCCCCCUCCCCGGCCGAUCCCAUUCGUAAUCCUCUGGAGGGCGCGCAGGUGGACUGCCGUGGCGGGGGUGGGCUGCUUCGAUUCCCCAUGACCGGCUCUUUCCCGGCUGAGCUCCCCGCCCUUCGUCCCACUGGGGACAGGGAGAGACUGGCCCCUCCCCCCGGACCCCCCUGUUUUUAAUUCCAUUAGAGAAGAAUCAACCCCCACUUCAAGCUCCGCUGACAGGCUGACACGCACCGCCUGCCUCUCCCGCCCCUCCCUCUGUGGAGACAGAGAAGCGCUCUUUCUGCCUCUGUGUGUGUGUGUGUGCGUGUGGCGGGGGGGGGGGUGUCGGUUCUCUCUCCGCCUCCACCCCCCUCAAGAUGCUGCUCUUGCCGACUCCUGCCCCGCUAUAGCUGAGCCCCGUUGGAAGGUGAGGGCGAGGCGCAGCCCUUGGUCGUGCGGGCGCCAUGGAGCGCCGAGGGGAGCCCCCCCUCCAGCAGAGCCUGGAAUUCACGGUGGAGAACGUGGAGAAGGCACUUCACCAGUUAUACUAUGACCCCAACAUUGAGAACAAGAACUUGGCUCAAAAAUGGCUGAUGCAAGCUCAAGUCUCGCCCCAAGCGUGGCAUUUCAGCUGGCUAUUACUUGACAUGGACAAGGUGCCUGAGAUUCAGUACUUCGGGGCCAGUGCCCUGCAUAUCAAGAUCUCACGCUACUGGAAUGACAUCCCAGCUGAUCAGUAUGAGACCCUCAAGUCACAGCUCUUCAGUCACAUAACCCGUUUUGCUAGUGGCUCCAAGAUUGUGCUGACUCGGCUGUGUGUGGCACUGGCUUCAUUGGCACUCAACAUGAUGCCAGAGGCAUGGCCGUGUGCUGUUGCUGACAUGGUGCGAAUGUUUCAGGCAGAAGACUCUAACAUAGAUGGGCGAGCUCGCUGCUUGGCUCUCCUGGAACUGCUCACUGUCCUGCCGGAGGAAUUCCAAACCAGCCGCCUGCCGCAGUACCGCAAGGGGCAGGUGCGUGGUGUUUUGGCACAGGAGUGCAGUUCUGUCUUCCCCCUACUAGAGCAGCUGCUGCAGCAGCAAGACUCUCCUAGUUUCAUUAAACAGAAGGUACUGAAGUGCUUCUCUAGCUGGGUGCAGCUGGAAAUACCCCUGAUGGAGUGUGAGAACUUAAUCCAGGCAGCCUUUACCUCCCUGGGUGAUCCAGAACUCUUUGAUACAGCAGUGGAAGCCAUUGUCAAUGCCAUUUCCCAGCCUGAUGCUCAGAGGUAUGUGAAUACUCUUCUGAAGCUCAUCCCACCUGUACUAGGGCUCCAGGAACAGCUGCGCCAAGCAGUUCAGAGCAGGGAUAUGGAGAUGUCUCAUGGGAUCUGCCGUAUUGCUGUGGCCCUGGGGGAGAACCAUUCCCGAGCCCUCCUGGACCAGGUGGACCACUGGCAGAGUUUCCUGGCACUUGUCAACAUGAUAAUGUUCUGCACUGGGAUUCCAGGACACUAUCCUGUAAAUGAAACCACCAGCUCUCUUACCCUCACCUUCUGGUAUACACUGCAAGAUGACAUCCUCUCCUUUGAGCCAGAAAAACAGGCCAUGUAUCAGCAAGUAUAUCGGCCUGUCUACUUCCAGCUAGUGGACGUGCUCCUGCACAAGGCUCAGUUUCCUUCUGAUGAAGAGUACAGUUGCUGGUCCUCUGAUGAAAAGGAGCAAUUUCGGAUAUACAGAGUGGACAUCUCUGACACUUUGAUGUAUGUGUAUGAAAUGCUUGGAGCAGAGCUACUGAGCAGCUUAUAUGACAAGCUGGGGCGUCUUCUAACCAACACAGAGCAGCCAACAUCAUGGCAGCACACAGAAGCUUUGCUUUAUGGGUUCCAGUCCAUUGCCGAGACUAUAGAUGUUAACUACUCAGACGUGGUUCCUGGCCUUAUUGGGCUCAUCCCCCACAUCAGCAUCAGCAAUGUGCAGCUUGCAGAUACUGUCAUGUUCACUAUUGGGGCCCUCUCAGAGUGGCUGGCUGACCACCCGGUCAUGAUCAACAAUGUGCUGCCCCUGGUGCUGCAGGCACUGGGCAACCCUGAGCUGUCCAUAUCCAGUGUCUCCACCCUUAAGAAGAUCUGCCGUGAAUGCAAGUACGACUUGCCUCCCUAUGCUGCAAACAUUGUUGCUGUGUCUCAGGAUGUGCUAAUGAAGCAGAUUCAUAAGACAAGCCAGUGUAUGUGGCUGAUGCAAGCUUUGGGCUUCUUGCUAUCUGCUCUCCAAGUAGAAGAGAUCUUGAAGAACCUGCACUCACUUAUUACUCCUUACAUCCAGCAAUUGGAGAAGUUGGCUGAGGAGACGCCCAACCCCUCCAACAAGCUGGCCAUCAUUCACAUCCUAGGUCUUCUGUCCAACCUCUUUACCACUUUGGACAUCAGCCAUCAUGAUGAUGAUCAUGAGAGCACGGAGGUCAAGAAGCUGCCAGUGGCUCAGGGCCCCAAUCCGGUAGUGGUGGUGCUGCAGCAGGUCUUCCAGCUUAUCCAGAAAGUGCUCAGCAAGUGGCUGAAUGAUGCACAGGUCGUGGAGUCUGUGUGCUCUAUCUUUGAGAAGUCUGUGAAGACCCUGCUGGAUGAUUUUGCACCCAUGGUGCCUCAACUGUGUGAAAUGCUGGGUCAGAUGUACAGCACCAUUCCUCAAGCAUCUGCAAUAGAUCUCACAAAGCAGCUGGUUCACAUCUUUGCCCAUGAGCCUGCGCACUUCCCCCCCAUCAAGGCACUCUUUCUGCUCAUCACAUCAGUUACACUAACACUCUUUCAGCAAGGGCCCAGGGAUCAUCCUGAUAUUGUUGAUUCAUUUAUGCAACUCCUGGCACAGGCACUCAAACGGAAACCUGACUUGUUCCUGUGUAGCAGCCUGGAUGUCAAGGCAGUGUUCCACUGUGGUGUGAUCUCCUUGAAAUUCCCUGAAGCACCAACUGUCAAAUCUGCAUGUGGCUUUUUUACUGAACUGUUACCACGCUGUGGGGAGAUCCCACCUGUAGGUCAGGUGGUCCAUGAAAAUGGCAAAAUGCUGCUGCAGACUGUGCUUGAGGGUGUCGGUGGCCAAGCCUCACGCAAUUUGAUGGACCAGUUGGCUGAGAUCCUGUUUGCUCUCAACAAGCAUUGCUUCAGUUACUUGAGCAUCUGGAUCAAGGAAGUGAUGCAGCAGGAUGGUUUCCCAUCAGCCCGGGUCACUCCUGAGCAGAAGGAAAUCUUUAGUCAGCAAAUCCUUAGCAGAGAGCGUGUAAACAAACGACGUGUGAAAGAUAUGGUGAAGGAAUUUACACUGCUUUGUCGGGGACUGCAUGGCACUGAGUACACAGCAGACUACUGAGGAGCCCUGUAUUAAGAAAUUGGAGCAUGAACACUUCUGCUGGCCACUUGCCACUGCCCUAGGCUGCUACUGAACAGUUCUUAGAAGAACAACCCCACAGCUCUGGCGGAGGCUGCUCCACUCAAGAAUGGGCUGUUUCUUAACCCCCACCACUUGUUCAGCGGCAGCAGGCUACAAGGACAUGGAGCACAGACUCAAGCUGAAGAUGAUCCCCCUUUCCCCCGCUGGACUGGUGCAAUGACUGUCCCCUUAUCUCCCUAGCACACUCCUGUAGACAUAUCUGUGGUAUUGUCUGUUCCUAAAAAGUCUGCCCUUGCCCUGCAUGAGGCAGCUUGUGUCUGACUGAAGUGUUAGGCCCUGCAGCCUUGAAUUAUGUUAAGGCUGUUUCUAAGCUGGUAAUUAUUGGUGAAUGCAAGAGGGAAAGGGGUGCAUAGCUUUUGAAAGACAUGGGGGAAAGGAAAGGGGAAGGAAGGCUUAAGUUUGUGGCAUCUGUAGAGUAACUUCAGUUCUGUGUUGCCUAGAUUGAUUGGGCUAAUAAAUAAGCCUUGUGGACAAAGAAA